GCAGGAGAUCAACCCGGAUGUGGAGGUGGAGAGCUACACCAUGAACAUCACCACCCUGCAGGGUUUCGACUCCUUCAAGUCCUCGCUGCAGGCCCCCGACGGCUCCUCCCGAGUGGACCUGGUGCUCAGCUGCGUGGACAACUACGAGGCGCGCAUCACCAUCAACCAGGUGUGCCUGGAGCUGGGCCAGGUGUGGAUGGAGAGCGGCGUGAGUGAGGACGCGGUGUCAGGACACAUCCAGCUGCUGGUCCCCGGCACCACCGCCUGCUUCCAGUGCGUGCCGCCGCUGGUGGUGGCCAGCGGGCUGGACGAGCGCACCCUGAAGCGCGAGGGCGUGUGCGCCGCCUCCCUGCCAACCACCAUGGGCAUCGUGGCGGGGCUGCUGGUGCAGGCGGCGCUGAAGCACAUGCUGGGGUUCGGGGGGGUGUCCAUGUAUCUGGGCUACAACAGCCUGAAGGACUUCUUCCCCACCAUGGACAUCCGCCCCUCCGCUGCAUGCGUCAACCCGCUGUGUCGGGAGCUGCAGCGGCGCGAGGAGGAGCGGAGGAACAGCCCAGAGGCGCGAGCGGCGGCGGAGGCGGCGGCAGCGGCGGCAGCAGCGGCGGCGGCUGCGGCGGCGGCCACGCCACUACAUGAGGAGAACGAGUGGGG